AUGUCUAGAAGAGCAGGAGGUUCAAAGCUUCGCCUACCAACCCUAGAAGAGGAGUAUGCUGAAUCAUCUAGUUCGCGACGAGCUGCGCAUGCGGACUCAUACUAUGCAAAUGAUCGAAGAUCUGAAUACCGCCGUUCGCGGGAGCCACAGCAACCACAGUACUAUGGCGGCGAUAAUCUCCAACUUGAAUCCCCAUCACCACCUAGGCCUAUAAGUACUACCCCCAAAAGAUCAGAAAAAAAACCAAGAGUAGAGGGCUCCAGUAGUCGCAAAUCAUUGGGAUUUUUUGGAGCCCUGAAGGAACGAAGAAAGGAAAAGGAAAAGGAAAAGGAACGGAUAAAGCUUCUCAAACAAGAAGAAAAACUGUAUGGGCCGUCUCAACCACAUGUAGCAGAACCACAUAGGACCCCAUCACAGCAGGCUGCCGGGCACAGCCAGCGUUACCACGAAACGGAACAGAGAGUACAUAGGACCAGAAGAGAGUCUCAAGAGGUCAGCCAAGGUUAUGAAAACGAAGUACUAGCCCAAAUGCAAGAUCUUGAGUUAGAAGAAGAGCCUUCCUCACAAUACGACCAAUACCCUACGGACAAACGAAAUUCUCUGCCAGAACUUCAAGCUCGUCAACGAAGGGUCAUAACCCAGCUUCCAUAUGAUCGCCCUGAUCCUCGUCGCAGAACUGAUACUAUUAACUUCAAUGAUGCAGAUUUUCCAGAUCAUGGAGACGCUGGAUUCCCCAAACCGUACGAAUUACCUUCAGUCAGCGGUUUCAACGAGGAUCUUCGCAUCGUCAAAAGACACAACGCCGGUUGCUUCGGAGCAACUGCUAUUUUAGAGGUUCGAAAUGAUUCAUCUUCAAGUGUGACGAGAAGUUGGUAUGAACAUGUUCCCGCCAGAACAAGAGUAAUCGCGAAGAGAAUAACUGCGUGUGAUAGAACCCGUGCCAGAUCGUGGAAGACAGAGUCAGACGCACUCAAAGUAUUGGCUUCAGUACAACCAACGUCAGAACACAUCCUAAAGAUCUUUGGAAGGUUGGCGCCGAGCCGUGGGGACCCCUUCGGGCAUAUCUUCACGGAAUAUUGUAGCAUGGGAGAUGUGAGUGAGAUAUUGGGGAAAUAUGUAACUCGUAGAACUUUUAUGCCAGAAGGAUUUUUGUGGCAGAUGACUAUCGACGUUUCGAGAGCCCUCCUCUUCCUUAAUAGAGGUAUAACGAAGAGGAAUAUGCAAGGGCGUCCGGGGUGGACGCCAAUGGUCCAUAACGAUAUCAAAAUGAACAACACUUAUGCAGUUUUUGUGAAACCUCGCCCAGACGGUUGGAAUAACAUCUACCCCCUUUUUGUCCUCGGAGACUUCGGUCUUUCCAGUUUUGAAGGCCAAGCCGCAUAUCCAUCCUGUCCUCCAUUUAUGUCACCACAACGAGUCAAUUCAUUUUAUAAACCAACACCAGCUGUGCACAAAGAUGACAUUUACUCCCUCGGUACCACUCUUUUUGUCCUCUCUAACGGGUAUUUUCCAUUUGAAGUGUCAGAUGCACCGGACCGCGAACUGAACUACGACAAAAGAAUUGAUCAUAGGAACCCCUACCGUAAUGGAUUUUGUAAGCUUAUGAAUAGGUGCACGUCCAGAAAUCCUGACACAAGACCUACCGCCCGUGAAAUGAUUAGAGAAAUGAUAGGGUUGAUCGAGGCGAAAGGGUGGAGUAAAGAAGGGAGUAGGGAUAGAUUUUGGAAAGUGGAAUGGAUGCCAAAGAGUAAGGCUGCACGUUGGAAAGACAAAGAUAAUAAUGUGGAGAUUUGA